GAGAGUCUGUUGUUUAUGAUCUACACUCAAAGUACUUAGAUCAAAAUUAUUUUAAUGGUGUAAAAUUUAGUUGAAGAAACGUGAAAUGUGAGUGCAAUUGCUACGUCCUCCAUUUAUUGUUAUUUAUUACAAUAUCCAAGAAUAUUAUUUGAACAUCCAAGACGUAUGUAACAAUCGACAUUCUUUGUCGUCGCCAUUUUGUUUUUGUAAGAAAUAGUGGCCGUAACUAAGAUUUUCACACAAGAAUCUAUAAGGGGAAUAAGAACUUCUCACAGGAACGUAAUUGCCUGCAGGAAUACCUUGCAGUAGUUGGUUUAUUUGUUUAGCUGUUAAGGAUGUCUGGCAAUAAUGCUAAGGAGCCUCCACUGCAAACAAUGACUGGUUUACCUCCAAAUCAUAAUCCAUGGAUGUAUGGUGUUUUUCAUCAUCCAUAUAACAAUUACCAUGGUGGAAUGUAUGCACCUUAUUAUAAUCAAUAUUUUAAUCAUGCUGGUAAUAAUAAUGCCUAUAACCACCAUCAUCAAUACAACGAGUCUGAAUUUGGUAUGAAUCAAGCUUCAAAUCCACCACCUUUACUCAGAGCCCCACGCCCGGGCGUAAACCGCCCUUUCCCAAAUCAGAACCCUAUCAAGUUCAAUCUCAAUAAUGUAAGAAAAGCUGCUCCUUUAUCUCAGAGUGAAAAUCCUCUCUUGACAAACCCAACUGAGCCUAAAGUUAAACGGAAAAAGUUUGACAACGAAUAUGAAGAUAACACAAUUUCGCAGUCAAAUCUACCUCCUUUGCCUGAUUAUCCACCACCAUUGCCCCCUCUUCCUCCUCCAGAUCUUCCCAAACCUCCUCCACCUCCUAUUGAUGUUCCUCUGCCGCCCCCAAUGAAAGUUGAGAAUAUACCUGAACCUCCGGAAGAGCCAAAAGGUCUCCCGCUGGAGAAUACUUUUGUCAAACCAGAUACAUCAAGUGAAAGUUUUAAGACAGAAACAGUAUUUCCAUCUUCAACAGGAGCAUGGCCUGAAAGCUUGGAAAGAUAUAUCAAAAAGUGUUAUGAAAAGUGUAAGAGUAAGUUUGAUAGAGAUCAAGUUGAUAUAUGCUUAAAAGGACGAAUUACUGCUGCUGCAAAUAAAGAUGAAAUAUGGACUAGGAAUUGGGAUAUAGAACCAAUACCAAGUGUCCACAGUGAGCGUAAUAAUUUGUCUGUUAAACCAGUUCGGGGUGCAUUAAGCUUAUAUCAAAAGUGUGAAAAAUUUAAUGAAGUGAUUAAAAGUAGGUCUAACUUAGUUAAUCAUAGCUUUAGUGGAAUUAAAAAUAAUCAAAGGAAAAAAAAACUACGCUCGAGGAGCAGGUCAAAAUCUAGGAGUCCUAGAAAAAGGUUAAGUGCGUCAUCUUGUUCGAGUGAUGAAAUUGAAGAGAAAAAACCUCCAAAAGGUAAGGGGAGGCAAAAAGUUAAGGAUAGGUUGUCGUUAGUUUCAAAUAAAAAAUCAGAAAAAUUUAGCAAAAAUAAAAAGAAACAGUGUAAUCAGUUUGUUGUUGAAGAUGCUCAGGGUAAUGCUGAAAAACUUCAAAAAAGAGCUGAAAGAUUUGCAGGUUCAAGUAAUGUACCCUCCAUAGCAAGUUCACUACAAGUAAAUAGCAAAAGAGUAGAACUUACUUCUAAAAAAUCAAUAAUCCAAGACAAUGAAGGUGAUUAUGAAGUAAAUGAUAUGCACAUAGUGGGUACAUGUCUAGAUAUAGAAAAGUCAUUCUUGAGACUAACUAAAGCACCUGAAGCAUGUGAAGUUCGCCCUGUGUGCGUUUUAAAUAAGUCCCUCAAGAAUGUCAAAGAAAAAUGGAUAGAGCGCCAAGAUUAUAGAUAUGCUUGUGAUCAACUCAAAUCCAUCAGGCAAGAUCUAACUGUGCAAGGGGUAAGAGAUAGUUUCACUGUAGAAGUAUAUGAAACACAUGCUCGCAUUGCCUUGGAAAAAGGUGACCAUGAGGAAUUUAAUCAGUGUCAAACUCAACUUAAAAUGUUGUACAGUGAAUUGCCACACUGUAGAUCAAAUUUAGCAGAAUUUACAGCAUACAGGAUAUUGUACUACAUUUUUACAAAGAAUACAUUAGAUUUAACAACCAUAUUUCAGUUUCUAUCUAAAGAAGACAGGGAAAAUAAUUGUAUAAAACAUGCAUUACAAACUAGAUGUGCCUGGGCAACUGGAAACUUACACAAGUUUUGCUUACUCUACAAAACUGCCCCACUAAUGGCUGGAUACCUCAUGGACUGGUUUGUGGAGAGGGAGCGAAAACAAUACCUCAAAUACAUCAUAAAGUCCUACAGACAGACCGUUCCUGUGGAAUUCAUCGCUCGAGAGUUGGCAUUCGAGUCGAGUUCUAAGGCACUUGAAUUUUUAAACCAAUUUCCUCUAUCAUAUGCUGGUUGUAAUCGGACACAAAUAGAUUGCAAAACUAGCGCCACUGCUGUUACAAGUAUAUAACAUUUUCUGUUAGAUAGCAUAUUGCUUUGUGUAAUGACACAGCCGCAAGACAGAUACAACAUUGGAGUCGCCAUCUACGGGCCAUAUACUUCUUAUUUUAGUUUUAUCAGCUUCAUUAGGAGGUGGCACCAGAUGAUACAAGUACCAAACACACAAGUUACAACAACAUGAGAUGAAGCUUGGGACAUCAAGAUGCAAGAGUGGAAUUUGGAAGAAAUUCAGUUUUUAAACCAUAAAAUUAUGGUCCUCUUACACAUUUCAAAGGUUUUAUGUACUCUUUGUAUAUAAUUAGAUAUGUUUUCUAAGACUUAAUUUCUCAAAUAUUUUAAAAAUAAUCUAAUUUAUUGAUAGUAAAAUAAUUCAAAAUGCGCCUGAACAAGUAAUAAUAAAUGAUUUAUGUUUAUAAUGGGUUUUUUUUUAAAGAUAAAUUUCUAGACCUCAGAUGUAUUCAAAUGGCUACAAGAAAAGCUGUCUUGGAAUAUCGUACAUUUUUAAUGUCCGCUGUCAUGCCGUAUUUUUACUUCCAAUACGCCAUGUGUACAGACAGACAUGUUACGGGAGCCCAUAGACAUCUACAACUUAAAUGCCGUCACCUACCUUGAGAGCAAUUCUCCCAAUUUUUUCACCAUAGCCGCAAUGUUGAUGUCCCAUACUUUGGUCUUUGAUAAUUUUUUUACUACGAUAAUAUAAAUAUAACAUACGUGACUGUCGUAACUUCAUU